AUGGUACACCUAAACAAAACAGCAUCAACACCCAACGGUGUCUCACAAGGCGCGUCGCAAUGCCGAAAUGGCAAAACCGUUGACACAUCCAGGAAAGGAAGUGAAACACAUGGCACAAGGGCGCAUGGAUCGCUUUUCUCCAAAUCAGCUGCUAUCCUUCUUGUUGUUGCUUGGAUCUUCUUAACGCAUCCAGAUAAAUUCGACAGACACGAAGAACAUGUGGCCCAAUUACAAGUAUAUACCAGAGUUGCCCGCAGUUUAGCAAAAAUUAAAGCAAUUGCAUCAGAAGAUGAGCUUGAAUUACAUCCGAUGGAAUUCGAACACUAUGACGAUGCUCCACCAACCUAUGAAGGAACCUACGAAGGUGCCUACGACGAUGUCGACGAACCUUAUGAAGAAGCCUAUGCAUUUUCCCCAAAACGAAUAUAUUCUCGCAACCAAUGGACGACACCAAAAAAACGAUGUUAUAGAGACGGAGCAGGAACUAUACUAAAAGCAUGGAAAAUGGUGGAGUACCAGGUACCACAACAAGUGCAUUAUGCAAGAAAGUGGAAAAUAGAACAUGAUGCACGGGAAGAAGAAGUCGAUAGCAACGAGACAUUAUCUGCCGAUGUAGCAGUCUCCGCGUCAGUUGAAAAGUCUAGCACAUCGCUUUCGAAGGUUGGUGCACAAGCAUCAUUGCCGCCAUCCCUACAAAAUAAAGGACAAAGUGCAAAAACGAAACAGGAGCCGAAAGGAUCUUCGGGUACAGGAACGACCCGAAACACCGCAAGCACAAAGCAUGGCAAGCAGAAUAAGGCAGUUAACAUCAAAACCGGAAGAGGCUUUAGUAGACGGCAAUUGGCUAAAUAUAUUAUAUAUAGGUGGAAUGGGUACAGUCAGUAUGUUGUCACUUCUGAUAUUCCGGUGCUGCUACCGAAAGCGAAGGCAAAAGUGCCGAAGAAGGUUUUGAAAGACCAAAAUUUCAGCAGAACAAGAUCAGCUACGAGUGGGACCGGAGAAAGCCGAAAUACCAGAACCAUCAGAAGUAACUUGGUGUAUGCCACUUUCAGGCAGGCAACUACACUGUUGCUGUAUGCUUCUAUAUAUUUAUUCGAUUGA